UCAAAGAAGAAGAAGAAGAAGAAGCAGUGCUUCGAAAGCGUCAAUCACUACAUCUCUGUUUUGUUGGCCAUGUGAAUUUGCAUUGAAAGUUAAUCUGAAUACAUAAAUGGCUCUGAAGAGAGCUGUAAUCCUGCCGGGAAAUGGCGCUGGGAACGUGGAGCACUGUAACUGGUACGGCUGGGUAAAGAAACGAAUAAACGAGAUUUUAGAUAUGUCCUGUGUUCUGAAGAACAUGCCGGAUCCUGUGACCGCGAGAGAGAGCAUCUGGCUUCCGUUCAUGGAGAAGGAGCUGAAAUGUGACGAUGAGACUGUUAUUAUAGGACACAGUUCAGGAGCUGCUGCAGCCAUGAGGUAUGCAGAAACGCACAAAGUAUUUGCUCUUAUUCUGGUGGGUGCGUACACAUCAGAUUUAGGAGAUGAGAAUGAGCGCGAGAGUGGAUAUUUCAACCGGCCAUGGGAGUGGGAAAAGAUCAGAUCAAAUGUUAAAUACAUCCUUCAGUUUGGAUCCACAGAUGACCCCUUCCUGCCAUGGGAAGAGCAACAGGAAGUGGCUAAUGGACUAAAGACAGAUUUACACAAAUAUGAUGAUCGUGGACAUUUCCAAAACACAACCUUCCCAGAGCUCAUUAAUGCCAUAAAAAAGCUCAAAACUAACUGCUAAUAUUUAAGCAUCUGAAGACAUGGCAUUAAUGGAGAAUAGUCGUCUUUUAUUUUAAAUUAAGUCUAUUCUCAAGGUAGUAGUAUGUAGAACAGCAAACUUAAAUAUAAACGAACAUGUAACCUGGAGCAGCCAUUGAUACUAAAUCAAAGAUGUACAAGUAGAUGGUACUAAGCUACUGUUUAAACCUACUACCAUUUACCAUAUCAGUGGUAACAUACGUCUGCCUGUUUGUUUUUCAAAUCCCAGCAAUAAAGUCCGUGUGAAGUACAUUUAGA